AUGCGCGCCGCUUGUUCGCGCAAAUGCCUGGCCGAGCUGCUCGGCCGCCUUGGCCAGGUCCAGGCGCAGGGCCAACCGCGCUGCCCCUCCCAGCUAUCUCCCGCGCGCUCCAUGACGCGCGGCCGGAGCGUGAACGAGCGGAGCAAGAAGAAGCGGGUGAACGACCUCGAGGUGGUCAUCGAGCGCUGCAAGGUGGUCUCCAAGGUGCUCGCCGUGGUGGACGCGCUCAAGAUGGAGGAGGAGCACCUCUUCGAGGUCUGCCGUGACAGCCGCGGCGUCAUGUGGGCCGGCCUCUCUCCGCAGGCUGAGGCGCUCGUUGAGGAGGAGGCGCGCCUGCUGGAGGAGCACUCCCCCACGGCUGCGGAGUACGUGACCAGGCUGCUCAUGAUGUCGGUGCAACGGCGCCUGCCCGUUGACAAGAUCGCGCAUUUCCGGCGUGACAUGGGGCUUCCUCAUGAUUUCCGGGCACGGUGGGUGCACUUGUUCCCUGAGCUCUUCAGGUUGGUCACACUGGAGGAUGGUGACUACUUGGAGCUUGUUUCCUGGAACCCAAACUGGGCGGUCACUGAGCAUGAGAAGAAUAUGGCAGCAUUGGCCGGUAACACCAAUGCCAUUUCCAAUGCUAGUACACCAGGAGAGCUCUCACUUCCAUUCCAGAUGAAGUUCCCACCAGAUUUUAAAAGUUACUACAAAUUUAGAGGAAAAGCUCAUCACUAUGUGAAAACCGGCAAUACCGAGCAGUUUCAGAAGACAACCUACCUGUCCCCUUAUGCAGAGGCAAAAGGUUUGACGCCUGGAUCUCAUGAGUUUGACAAGAGGGCAGUCGCGGUGAUGCAUGAGAUACUGAGCUUCAUGUUGGAGAAGAGGCUGGUAACUGACCACCUGACGCAUUUCCGUCGUGAGUUUGUUAUGCCACAGAAGCUGAUGAGGUUGCUACUGAAGCAUUAUGGUAUCUUCUAUGUGUCUGAGAGGGGGAAGCGGCUGAGCGUGUUCUUGACAGAGGCAUAUGAUGGGACAGAGUUGAUAAAAAAGGCUCCGCUGGUAAGGUGGAGAGAGAAGGUUCUUCGACUUACUGGUUACAGAGGAAAAAACAAGAAUAUUGGAAAAGUUCAUGAGUCGUCUGAUUCUGAGCACAUUUUGUUCGAUGCGAGCUCAUCAACAUGUGACAGUGGUAGCAGUGAUGACGAUGAUGCUGAUACUAUAUUGCAUGUCGAAAGUGAAGAUUCAGAUGAUUUCUUGGAUGAUGGCACUCUUACAGAUGAUUGUGAGAUGGAUGACGCUGGGGAUGUUGAUGAUAUUGUGGUCAAUGAUCCAAACAUGGCUGGAUAUCCUGGAAAGUCAACGCUGCAGGAUCUCAUAACAUAUACCCCCUGUCUUGGAUCAACCAUGGUGAUGCUGUUGUUUACUACCUGA